AAUAUAUAUAUUUUACCAGAGAAAGAAAUGAUUGAGAAUCGAAGGCAUCAGUGAUAGCCGAUGGUAAAGUCAUUAGAAUAAGCAGAAGAGACCCAAUGUAGACAAAUUUCAAGUCAUUGUUUACAGUUCUAGAGAGAGAGAGAGAGAGAGAGAGAGAGAGUGUGAGAUAGAGUUCUAGAGAGAGAGAGAGAGAGAGAGAGAGAGGAUGUAGGAUGUUGUGUAUCGUAUCUGCUGAUGAAAGGGCCCAGCAGAUUUUGUGAAAUUUCUGUUUUUGUGCUUUUUGGGUUGAUGAUGAUCUUCUAAGGCUCCUUCAAUGGCAGCACAGAAAUACCCACUUCGUUUUUUUGGGGUAUUUGAGGUUUUUCUUGAUGAAUUCUGGAGCUGAAGACUGAAUUAUCAUAGUGGCUGUUUGGUGGAGAUUUUCUUUCAGUUUCUGGGAAAUUUGUUGAAUUCGUGGUCAAGUUCUGAAGAUGGGAAGUAGAGAUUGAACGGGUAUGAGUUGAUUGCAGAAAUGGGAACUGAUGUGCAAGCCAAGACAUACUUUUCUGGAUCUUAUUCCAUGAGGGAUUUAAAUGACAGAUUGGCCCUUUAUCAUGAACACGUGUCCUUGAAAAAUGAUCAGUAUUAUGACUCGUUCUUUACAAGGCCAGCCGCAGAUGGAUAUUUGGGGUGUGAUAAGGAACAAUUAAGGCAAACGAUCUUGAAGCAUGACUCCAUCUUCAGACAUCAGCUUGCAGAACUUCACCGCCUUCAUAGAAGACAGAGGGAUCUGAUGAAUGAAAUUAAAAGGAGAGAACUACAUCAACAUCUGAUACCAGCAGAGACGUCACGGCCAAGUCUCUUUUUACCUCACAUCCCGUCUAGCAAUGUCAAAAAGACAUGUCAUGUAUCUGAUUUUCCUUUCAUGGAUCCAACUUUUACAAGGCGUCUCACAUCAGGAACAGAUAGUAUCCAACCUCCGCGUAGCUUCACAAAUGGAAAGAAUAUAUCCAAUCAUUUUCGCUCCCAAGACACGGUCAUAUCAAAGGACUAUCAAUAUUCUGAGUCCAAAUGCAACACGUUUCAGAGAAGAUUGUUGAAUCUUGAACUUCCUGCUUGGAUGCUGAUGUAUACAUGAAUAAUAAAGGGAAACAGCUAGAAAAAAGUGCUUGUGGAGUGUCAGGGAUUGAAAGUUUCCUUCCUAAAAGGAACUGUGAGGUCACAUCUGUGAGAGAUGUGCAUUUGUCUCUUGGUGCUGGUUUGAGUUCUGGCUGUAACGGUGACACUUCGAGAUCUAACUUGUUAUUAAGAAGAACCAAAGAUAUUGUUGAUUUGAAUGAACCUAUCCAGCUCGAGGGAGCAUCUGUUUCAGCUCCUGUAGACAAUUUAGGUAACAUCACCUGCCUAAAUGAGGAGAUACCGAGGCAGGAUUUAUUUGUGAAUUCAAAAUCACAGUCCCACAUUUUGUCCAAGGAGCCCUCUCAAAGCUCACGUAUAGGAACGAAUGGAGGAAUUCUCUUCAACAAUAUGCUUUCAAAGAAUGAAGGGAACCGUACACAGCAGUUAACGUAUAAGAAUGAAGCUGGACAAACUGUAUUCAAUACAAAUUCUGCCUGUGGAGGUGUCUGUCCCGAAGAUUCACUGGCACCGUUUAAAUCAUUACAAGUUGAACCUAGCAAAUUUGACAAGCCAUCGUCAUUUUCCCCUUUUGAUGACAGUAACAGAGAACCUUGGAGAAAAAAGAAAAUUUUUGGUGUGGAAAUUUCUGAAGGAAAUCACAAUCAAUCUGUUGUGGCUUCCCAAACACCCAGUCGGUGCCAACUAAUUCCCCAAUCUGAUGCAACCAAUUCUGAGCCAUCCUCUCUACCACCAUGGAUCAAGGCUUCUUGCAGCUUGAACCAGAAUGUGUUACCAGUUCGAGAAAACGCUUGCAUUAGCGCCUCUUUUCCAUCCAAUAGAAGUUCGAGUUCAUCUAUGCAAAGCAAUACAAAACUAGUUUCACGAGCUGAAAUAUCCUACCAACAUGCUGUUUGUCUUGGUUCUGAGUCAGACGUAAAACAAUUACCGGUUCGCUUCUCAUCCAUCGGAUCUGAUUUUUCAAAUAGCAUCAACAGUAAUAGUUCAGUGCCCGAACAAUUUGUGCCACGUGGUUCUGUAAAAUCUUUUAAGGUUUCAGAUUGCAUGGAUGCAAAGUCUUCGAAUGAUAUGAAAGAUGUGAUGCACCCAUACAAGUUUCAGAGCGAGGCGAUUCUUCAGAAAAAUCCUGAAUCUGUAGAUGAUAACCCUAUGGGAGGACUGCCUUGGCUUAAAGCAAAAGAACCUUCUGAUUUUGAGUGGACCAAAGGAAUGGAAGAUUCUUAUCAGACGAAUUCACAUUCCUUGCAAAACUAUUCUCAGAAGUUGCCAACAAAAUGUAAUGGGAAAGAGUCUUUCUCAAAGUUUCGUUCGGGGGUACUACAUCAUCGAUGAGUGCCUGUGAUGCUGCGCUUGACAAAAUCAAAGCCAGUGUAUGUCCAAGUGAUGGAAAGAUUCUUGGGUUUUCCAUUUUUGGUGUGCCUCAGAUCUCCACUGAUCUUUAUUCGCCCUGCUCCCCAUCUAAGUUGAGUUGCCUUGCUUUUGAUGUUGAUGGUGGCAAUGACGAGAAAGAUUUGGGUCAUGGUCCCACUGGAGAUCAGCUUGAAGUUGAGGAUCUUGUUAUGGAGAAAAGUUUAGGCAAUUUCAUUGAUUUAAACUUGUGUAUGAAUGAAGAAGGGGCACCUCCAGUACCAUCUCUCCCCAGAGCAGUUGUGAAGAUUGCUACCACCAAGAUAGAUUUGGAGGCUCCGGCCAUUCUUGAAUCUGAUUCAGACCUAUCUCCUGAAGCGGACUCUUCAGAAAACAAACUUGAGAGCCCUUCUGAAUUACCCUUAGAUGAAUCCAAGGAGAGUACUGAAGAACUUGCUAGGGUAGCAGCAGAGGCUAUAAUUUCCAUUUCAUCAUCUGACGUGCUCAAUAAACACACUGAUGAUAUCACUUGUCAGACAUUGGGAGUUUCAUCUAGUGAUUCACUCCAUUGGUUUGCUGAGGUAGUUUCUUCUUACAAUGAUGUUCUUGAAGGUGAGCUUACAGAAGUUCCAGGAGGUACUGAUGGAACGAAUGAUGAAGAGUUCGUUCCUGAUGGGAUGGAUUACUUUGAGUUCAUGACACUGAAAUUGACAGAAACCGAGGUAAAGGAAUGCUGCAAUAACACCUACUAUGAUGAAGAGUCCGUUCCGGGGCCCACGGUAUUGUCUAAACGGCCUCGAAGAGGUCAAGCGAGGAGGGGGAGGCAGCGAAAGGAUUUCCAAAGGGAUAUACUACCCGGUCUCAUUUCUCUGUCAAGGUAUGAAGUGACUGAGGAUCUUCAGGUAUUUGAAGCACUUUUUAAAGAAAGUGGUUUCACUUGGCAGCCAAUUCUGUCACAGAGGAAGGCUGCUAAGAAUGGUCGUGGGAGGAGGCGUUUAGGGGGUUCUCUUCCCUCUCCGACACCAAAAGUUGUUUGCCCGCCCCCUGAACAACAACCUAUUUAUCGAGAACUAUUACUCGAUGAGAGGACUCUGACCGGAUGGGGAAAAAGGACAAGGCGUUUGCCGAGGCAGCGGUGUCCAACUGAUAAUCUUACUCGUGCUUUGAAAUGUUGAGUCUUGAUUUCAGAGUGUUCUAGCCGUAAAGAAGACUAAAAGAGCAAUUCUUCUAAGAACACAAAAACUAAUCACAGAACCGAAUACAACUCUCUCAAAAAGGCAGGAUCCACCUUCUGUGAGAGAGGAUUAUGUCCUGUUUUAUGAUCAAUUUUUGUGUUCAUGGACUUUUUUCUUAAAAAAGCCCGGCUGUGGAAGUGUACUGGGGUCAUUUUUGCACUAGGAUGGAAUGUUGGCUUGAGUGCUUGCUCCAAGUAUUCUGACGAACUGUGGUUGUCUGUUUGACAAGAUACGAUGAGUCUAAUCGGCCGGAGUGUGGCUGGAAAAUCCUUCUGAUGGGAAAGCAGGAGAGAGAGAGAGCAGAUUAGGGUUUGUAGCCGAACCAUGGGAUUGUUGUUGUACAAUUGAUCUGCUGUUCGUCUAAUUUUCUGAGUUCUCGAAUAAUGUUUAUAUUCUUGACUGAGACAAAAUCAUUAUUUGUUUGGACUUGACGAGUGUAAUGUAAAUGAAAAUGCUGGUCUGAGAAAUUUUUAAUACCUCACUUCAAUUGCAGAUUUAUGAACUUGUGUUUGAGGUAUCUGCUAAUACUAUACACUUUCAUUUUUGAGGCUUC